AUGUAUUUUACAAAUCAAACAAAGAACAUUAGGCUAGAUGAUCUCGAAAAAUAGUUCUAAAUUUCAAAUAAAUAAGCGAACAGUUCUUUAAUAGGUAAUAAAGAAGAAAAUUUAUUGGAAAAUGAUUCAAAUCAGGCGUCUGAACAAAUUACUUAAAUUACGGAGAGAAAUGAGCAGCUAAUCUUAAAUCCUAAAAAUUAACACUAAGAGAGGAUUAGAAAACCUGAACUGAUAAUGAGCUUAAGCAGUGAAAGAAAUUUUGUUGUCAAUGAUUCGUCAUUAGGAUAAUUCACUUCUGAUAAGAAUAAUUUUCAUUAUAGUAACAUAAUUAACCGAAAUCCUGAUAAGUUGAUUCAUAGAAGAUAGAACCACUCAGUGAUCAGCAAUAUUAUUAAACAGCAAACAAUAAAAUCUGAUCCCUCAAACGAUUUAUUCUAAAUUUAAAAAAUGGAGUAAUACUUGCAAAAUAAAAAUUAUGGAUCUUUUAAGGGCCAUAGACCAAAGAGAAGUAGAAAUGAUAAUCUCAGUAGCUUUAAAACUGAUAAAAGUAAAAAGUCCCUAGACCCCUAUAAUUAGAAUUUAAAAUUAGUUUCACAUGAGACAGAUAUUUAAAUGAAAUCAAGAAAUAAAAGUCUACUUUCUAAAAACAAUAGCUUUAAUAAAGGUUUAUCAUCUAGAAGAAAUAUCAAAUGUAUAGCAACCAUCCAUGAAAUAAGUCUUCCAAAUAUCAAAUCAAAAUAUAUAUGA